AUGUCGGCAACGCUCUUCUACAUCUUUGACCGCAAAAAGAACGCCCAGUUCCGCGAGGCGUGUAAGCGGGACCCCUACCUCACGCGCAAAGAGUUCGCCCGCCGGCGCAAGCUCAGUGCCCUGGAGAGGCUCGAGGAGGAGGAGCUGCAGCGGAGCAUCAUGAUUCGCAAGUCUCUUGCGAGUCGCGGGCCGUCGAGGAGUAAUAGCUGCGAGGACGUGUUUGAUCUCUCGUCGAUGCAGGAGCAGCACCACCGCCGCCACAACCACCAGAUGACGGAGAUGAAUAUGCCGGAGCCACCGAGGGGCAGGCAGCAGAUGAGGGAGCACCAGGAGGAAUUACAAUUACACCAAGGGCGGCAAUUAUCCGGGGAGUGGGCGCCGAGAGAGGGCAGAAGCAGGUCCGGGUCCGAGACUUCGAGUUCGGCUUCGUCUGCGCGGCGGGCUUAUCCUGGGCCGGGGUGUUCCGGUGUGGAUGCCGAUGGUGCUGGAGCCCCGCUGACGCCGCAGUCGAGCGGGCCGGGGCCGAGCCGGUUGGUGCUGGACAAGGAGACUGCGCCGCCGCCGAUUCACCCGAUGGAGGAGAUUACACGACCUUUACCGGCGGUGCCAAGAACUGAUGGUCCUUCGCACUUUUCAUAA